AUGCCUUACCACUCGGUUCAGGAGGAUGACGUCCCGGUGGCCACAGGAUUCCCGGAUGAUGAUAGCUCAAAGUCGCUCCCAGGCCGCAAGGAAGUCGAGGUUUACCCAUGGAUAAAACGAUAUGUGACCUGUCCAGUUGUUUCAUCGCUCGCCACCAGGACCAAGAGGGACGCCGACGAGAUCGCCGCGGCGGCGCGAUCCAGCGACCCAGCAUCCUCUCCGACGGACUCUGCCAACAGGAAACGAAAAGCUGAAGAGGUAGACGACGACGCCGCAGAUUCAAAGAGGGUCCAGACGAAAGAGGCUCUGUCUUCUUCAACUUCACGAACAUCGAGCCGGUCAUCGUCUGCCGAGAUCUCUACCCCGAUUCAUCAGCAUGCUACUCUCUCCGAAAACUCCAUCUUCAAGGUCAUCACACUAUCGCCGGCGCCUGUCAGGAAAGGAUCCCGUGAUGCGGUAGAGAGGGACGUCGCUGCUCAGUCUCUGUUUUUGCUCUCCAACGGCGCGCUCCCCUCUCCUACGACAAAACCGGAGUCCUUGGGUGAAAUGAGCUUGAAGGGUUUCCCUGCAGACUUUCAACCGCCAUAUCGCCAACAGCGCAAAUGUACUCUGCCAUCAAUCCAUGAGCUCUUUGCCAAGAUCCCAGAUGAUGGCUUCACCAGCAGCGACUUCAGGCCCCGCGACUGGCCAGCUUGGGACAGACGCAACAGCUCCGCUUCGCUUGCUUCGUCCACACCCCCUUCGCUCUGUGCAGACUCACCACUUUCGCAGUCCUUCUCCACCACCUUUGCAACCACCCCUCCGACGCAGUUUUCCGCACCACCACCAAGACCCGUCAGGAGCUUUUCCGAGAGGUCGAGUCUGUCUUCGCCGGGUCUGCCUCCACUCGUCAUCAACACGACCAGGUUCGCCCUCGCCAUGACCCCCGAGGUCUACCAGGCCGCCAGCGCCCGCUCGUCGCGUCGCUGCUCCCCCAGCCUCGUCACCAAGCAGCCGACGAUACGCAAGCGCGCCAAGAGGGGGAAGAAGGAAAGGACCGGAGAGUACUCGGCCGAUGAGUCUUCGCCAACAACAGCGACAUCGACACUGUCAUCAUCAUCAUCAUCCGGGCAUAUGUCAGAGCUCGGAGGUGGCGGGCACCCGAACCAAAAGUACCCCAUGGCGCACGAGCACUUUGUAAUUUACGCGCGCAAGAAGCACGACAAGCGGACGACGUGGAAGGACGUGACGACCGCCUUCAACAAGGCCAUCGGCCCCGUCGGCCCCCAGAACCCUGGUCUGGACAUGUACGUCACGCAGCCCGAGAGGUCGCUGAACCUGCCGGCGCAGCGCGAGCAGGCCGGCGUCACGAGCAUGUACUACCGGACCAACAAGGUCAUUCCCGUCAUGGACGGGCGCGGGGGCCUGGUCUAUGGCGACGACGGCGAACCCUUGCUUGAGUGGAUCCAUGAGCGCGACACCAGCCGUUCGCCUCCCGGUCUGAUCGAGAGGUAUCCGGAGAUUGUCCUAGAUAGGGAUUACUGGUUCGUGAGCGAUGAGGAUAAGAGGUGGGCGGCGCAUCUGAAGGCUAUUCGCGACCAGCAGCGAAGAGAACGUGGGCUGCCCACAUGGGACGAACAGCACGCGCAGGCGGCCGGCGAGCAGCCGCGCGAUUAUGUUCCUCGCUUAUGAGAUUAAAACUUCAACUUUUUUUCUUUUCCCCCUUCCCCCAAUAUCCCUCAUCUCACCGGCGUAUAGGCUCACUGGGUUGAUUCUUACUAUUAUGUUAUUUAAUCAACCCCUUCGAUAUCUCACUUUUCUUCUUCUUUUUUUUUUUCAUUGUUUAGCCCUUUAUCCCCUUAAUCGUCCAGAGACGAACACUGAGCAUGUUCUUUCUUUUCUUUCAACAUCCAAGGCGUCAGGCGCAUCAAGGUUGAUUUCUUGGCACAAAACAAAAACAAAAACUGUCCGAAUUUGGCAUUUUGGGAGGGGACCGGAAAAAAAAUAUUGCCA